AUGAUUGCGGAAGAUCACGGUAUUGGACCUGAUGGUAUAUAUAGUGGUAGCUCGGAAUUACAGCGGGGACGUAUGGAAGUGUUUUUUAGAGAAACGGAAGAGAAUAAACAUUUUCCUCGUGCCGUAGUUGUUGACUUGGAAUCAGAUUCACUGAAUGCGGUGCUUCAAUCGACCCAUCGAGCGUUGUUUCAAGGAGACAAUUUUGUGUCUGGUAGAGGUGGUACUGGUAACAUCUGGGCUAAAGGAUUUUAUGGUGAAGGAAGAAGGUAUAUUGAUGAGGUAUUGGAAGUGAUUCGAAAAGAAGCGGACAUCUGUGAAGGUUUACAGGGUUUUAACGUAGCUCAUUCUCUUUGCGGUGGUACAGGUUCCGGAUUUGGAGCGCUUAUCAUCGAAAAAAUACAUGAGCAAUAUCCAAACCGUCUUAUAUCAACAUUUUCAACAGUCUCAUCUAAUAGGUUGUUGGGUGUUAUGAAGCAACCGUAUAAUACGAUUUUAUCCUUGCAACAUCUGGCGGAAAAUGCGAACAUAACAUAUUGUAUUGACAGUGAUGGACUUCAUGAUAUUAGUCGGCGUAUGCUGCGAACUCGUGAACCAAAUAACGAUGAUCUUAAUCAUCUAGCAUCCAUGGUUAUGUCCGGAAUAACCGGUUUCUUGCGUUUUCCUGGACAAAUGGAUUGUGAUUUGCGUACACUAGUUAGCAAGAUGAUUCCGUUUCCGGAACUACACUUUCUGACUCCCAGCUUCAUUUCAUCGGCUACUCUCAAUACCACUGCGCCCAGCAUUAAUGUCUGGCGUUUGGUCCGAGAGCUGUUUCACAGACGUAAUAUGAUAACAACAUGUGGUAUAGCACGUGGUCAUUUUUUUUCCAAUGCUUUGGCAAUGAUACGAGGAAACAUAUCAGAGCCUGAGGUUACAGCCAGAAUUUGGGAUGUUCGAUAUCUGAUGGCUCCCGGAUUGUCGCCGGAUAACAUCAGUUUGGAUAUCUACAAAUUACCCGCUCAUGCGACUGCAUUCAGUGGUACAGUUCUUGGCAAUACUACUGCUGUCAAAGAUGUGCUUGCGGACAUCGAAGCACAUUUCCGAACGCUGUUUCACAGCAGAGUCUUUCUUCACUACUAUACCGAUGAGGGUAUGGAAGAAACAGAUUUCGCUGAAGCAGGAAAUUAUAUCAGUAAUUUGGUCGGAGAGUAUGCUAAUUAUGAUAGAAUCAUGGAUCGUUUACAAAGCAACCGGUG